GGCUGUUUGUAAUUCCAACACGAAGUCUUUGGAUCAUCUAGUGGCUUGCACCGCUCCGCUUCACCACCACACCACCACACUACCUUUAACUUGUGAGAAGAUACUUGAACGAUGUGCGGAAUUUUUGCCUACCUGAAUUACAGAGUGCCACGGACGAGGAGGAAUAUCUUUCAGACCCUUAUAAAGGGGCUUCAAAGACUGGAGUACAGGGGUUAUGACUCAGCAGGUAUUGCAGCAGAUGGUCCAGGAAAAGAUCACACAACUGACAUCAGUCUCUUUAAGAAGAAGGGGAAAGUGAAAGCUCUUGAUGAAGAAAUCUACAAGAGUGACUCCAUCGAUUUCGAUGCAGAACUGGACACACACUUUGGCAUUGCACACACUCGCUGGGCCACGCACGGAGAGCCCAGUGCUGUCAAUAGCCACCCUCAGCGAUCCGACAAGAACAACGAGUUUGUUGUCAUCCACAAUGGCAUCAUCACAAAUUACAAGGAGCUGAAAAAGUACCUGGUUUCCAAAGGCUAUGAGUUUGAGUCGGAUACAGACACAGAGGUCAUCCCAAAGUUGAUCAAAUAUCUCUAUGACAACCGCGAGAACCAUUAUGUGUCCUUCUCCACCCUAGUGGAGCGCGUCAUCCAGCAGCUGGAAGGGGCAUUUGCUCUGGUUUUCAAAAGCAUCCAUUUCCCAGGAGAGGCUGUUGCCACCAGGCGGGGCAGUCCGCUGCUAAUCGGUGUACGCUGUCAGUAUGAGCUUUCCACAGAACAAAUCCCUGUCCAGUACAACUGCAGUGACUCCAGGAGAGAUGGACUCCAGGAGAAAAACUUCCGUAACCGAGUGGGCAGCACCAACGCCCUACACUCAGUCCAUGACAGAAUGGCAGUGGAGUUUUACUUCGCCUCUGAUGCAAGUGCUAUCAUUGAGCACACCAAAAAGGUGAUCUAUUUGGAGGAUGAUGACGUUGCCGUGGUGAUGGAGGGGAAGUUGUAUGUGCACCGAAUUAAGCGUACAGCAGGAGAAGACCCCGUCCGUGCAAUUCAAACUUUACAGAUGGAGCUCCAGCAGAUCAUGAAAGGUAACUUCAAGGCUUUCAUGCAGAAGGAGAUCUUUGAGCAGCCUGAAUCUGUCUUCAACACCAUGAGAGGCAGAAUAUGUUUUGACAGCAACACAGUUCUUCUUGGUGGCCUGUCCGACCAUCUGAAGGAGAUAAAGAGAUGCAGACGUUUGAUCAUGAUUGGCUGUGGAACCAGUUACCAUGCAGGAGUAGCAACACGUCAGAUCCUUGAGGAGUUGACCGAGCUUCCCGUUAUGGUCGAACUGGCCAGUGACUUCCUGGACCGCAUCACUCCCGUCUUCAGAGACGACGUCUGUUUCUUCAUUAGCCAGUCGGGUGAGACAGCGGACACUCUGAUGGCAUUACGCUACUGUAAGCAGCGCGGAGCAUUGACUGUGGGCAUCACCAACACUGUGGGCAGCUCCAUCUGCAGGGAGACAGACUGUGGAGUUCACAUCAAUGCUGGGCCUGAGGUCGGAGUGGCCAGCACUAAGGCCUACACCAGUCAGUUUGUGUCUCUGAUCAUGUUUGGUCUGAUAAUGAGUGAAGACAGGUUUUCACUGCAGAGCAGGCGACUGGAGAUCAUCAAUGGCCUCAAGCAAUUGCCAGAGUUGAUCAAGGAGGUUCUGGCUCUUGAUGACAAGAUCAAGAGCAUAACUGAUGAGCUCCACCAUCAGAGGUCUCUUUUGGUCAUGGGUCGAGGCUACAACUACGCCACAUGUCUAGAAGGGGCACUGAAAAUUAAAGAGAUCACAUAUAUGCACUCUGAAGGUAUUCUGGCUGGAGAGUUGAAGCACGGCCCUCUUGCGUUGAUCGACAAACACAUGCCAGUCAUCAUGAUCAUCAUGAGAGAUGCAUGCUACCAAAAGUGCCACAAUGCCCUGCAACAGGUCACGGCCAGACAGGGCCGGCCUAUCAUUCUAUGUUGCCAGGACGACCCAGAGAUCAGUAAAAUGGCAUAUAAGACCAUUGAGCUGCCUCAGACGGUGGACUGUCUGCAGGGAAUCCUCAGUGUCAUUCCACUGCAGCUCAUGUCUUUCCAUCUGGCUGUGCUCAGAGGAUAUGAUGUGGACUGUCCAAGAAACCUGGCCAAAUCUGUAACAGUGGAGUAACUCUUCGCAGAAAUGUGAAAUAAUCAACAUAGAAGAGGAGAAGACUUGCCACCAAAGUGCAAUUAAAUGUGUGUGUGUGUGUGUGUGGGCAGGUUUAAGUGGUUAGGAGGACUUUUUUUAGGUUACAAACUGGUAAUUACAAGGGUAUUAUGUUAUAAAUGUGGUUUAUGAGGACAUUUCUAGUGUCCCCAUAAUUCAAAUCGCUUAAAAAAAAACAUACUAAACGAUGUUUUAUUGAAAAUGUAAAAAUGCAGAAAGUUUUUUUGUGAGGGUUAGGUUUAGGGUUAGGGUUAGGGGAUAAAAUCUAUAGUUUGUACAGUUUAAAAAUGUCUAUGGAGAGUCCUCAUAAGGAUAGCUGCACCAACAUAUGUGUGUUUGUGUUUGUGUGUGUGUGUGUGUGUGUGUGGGGGUAUUUAUGAAUUAUGACCAAAACCCUAAAGGCCACAAGACCUAAAUGGAACCAGUGGGGAGAGAAAUGCUUUUUGCUCCAGAUGUGCCUAAUGCCUCAGUAUCCAAAUGCAAAUGUGCUUUACAAGUCAGAUGUUUACUUCUUACAAAGCAAAGUGCAAUACUUUAAUCUGCACAAUUUAUUGUAUGUCCAAGAAAUGUACCUGAAAUAAUGGGAAUCAAAUACCUUUUUUUUAUCUAGAGUAUGUAAGGGAGUGAUAGACAGUGAAUGUUUUAUGUAUAAUUAACGCUGACAAAAGUCAAGUAUGAAUUGUUCUAAACCUACAUUUUAUUGAAGGACCAAAUUCUUUAUCAGUUGCAACAUUAGGAUACAGUUUAAACCACACAGUGCUAUUUUCCAUAUUUUCAUUAUCAUUAGCACAUUGCACACACUUCUCUGUACUUCAGAAAAUUAUGUCAGAUUUGCAGCUGGAACGAAGAAGUUUUAAUCACAUUAACUCACUUAAAGCAUUCAAUGGCUUUAAAGAAAAAAUAAUAUAAAUAACUGGGUUCUACUGGAAGAUUUACUGUACUGUUUGAGUUUACUGUGAAGCACUCAUUGUGGGAACAAUCAUUGUGUUAUUGAUUAUAUAUAUAUAUAUAUAUUUGAAUGAUUUCAGCUAUGUUUCAUGAUCUAUGUUGUGCUGAAAUGAGAUUUCAAAACCUUACCAUAACUUAUUUGUUUACUGUCUUGCUGGGAUAAAACUCUUUACGAUUGUCACUGCUUGGUUUUAAAUCAUAAUUUUACUGGUAUAUUUAUUUGUCAUAUAUGUCCAUUUUAAAUCAGUUUUAUAGUUUUAAAGUUAUGGGUUGAGGUUUGUAGCAUGCAUACAGUAAGAAGAGCAGCUAUUAUAUUGACUUAUAUUUCUUUAUCAUGAUCACUAAUAAAUAAAAAAAUGAAAUUAAUAAAUCCAAUGAAGUA